CUUCAGACUCCUUUCCUGAAAUGGGCCUUUUCUAUCGCACCACGUGACAAGAAACCUGUUAGAAUACGCCCGAAAGAUUGGUUGAAAAGUAUCACGUGAAGGGGGGGAAGCUAACCAAUUAGCGGGACGGUGGCUGCCAAGGAGCAAAUCGGGAACAGGGAAGUGGGUGCUGUGGAAAGUCUUGUCCACCUGCCCUAGCUGGAUUGUCCCUGAUGCCUCUGCCGGUGGCACUUCAGUCCCGCCUGGCCAGACGAGGGCUGCUGAAACAUGUAGAGCCUGAGCCAGAGGAGGAAAUCAUUGCAGAAGAUUAUGAUGAUGACCACGUUGAUUAUGAGGCCACUAGGAUUGAGAAUCUGCCACCAAACUGGUACAAAGUAGUCGACCCUAUCUGCGGCCUCCCUUACUACUGGAAUAUAGAGACUGAUCUAGUUGCAUGGCUCUCGCCCAAUGAUCCCAGCUCUGUGGUGACCAAAGCAGCCAAGAAACUGAAGAGCAAUUUAGAUGCUGAAGAAAAAACAGACCGCUCUCAAGAGAAGGUUGUCGAGCGGGAUGAAAUAAAGGAGCGUCGCCACUACCGGCGGGAGGAACUGGCACCCUACCCCAAGAGCAAGAAAUCAAGUCGAAAGGAUGAAGAACUAGACCCUAUGGACCCCAGCGCUUACUCUGAUGCCCCACGGGGGACCUGGUCCACGGGGCUACCUAAACGAAACGAGGCCAAGACAGGUGCAGAUACCACAGCAGCCGGCCCCCUGUUCCAGCAGCGCCCCUAUCCAAGCCCUGGUGCUGUCUUGCGAGCAAAUGCGGAAGCUUCCCGGGCCAAGCAGCAGGACUGAGAUGCCGCCUCCUCCCUUCCCGAAUGCAUUUGAUAAUAAAGCUAGAGAAAACACUUUC